GUCGCGGGCACUGUAAGUUGCACAACGGCAUUACAGCGAUUAUCUCCGAACCCGGCAAUGACUACUUGAAUAUUGUGUUGACUCAUGAUUCACCUCCUUGCAACAUCAUGACUUGCCGACACCACAUUGUUGGCGGCCAAUUGACAAGAUGCGAUUGCCAUCCGGCCCGCCGCCCAUCAUUCGCAUCGCCAAUGGCACCUUCUAUCGACAACAACCGGGCUCUGUCUCGGCACUAACGUCGCAAGCACACGUUCACGCCCAUCCAAACCCACCGUACUUCAAGAAUUUGAGCUUCGAGCUGCCCGCGCGGAGCAAGACGGCACACAAUUGGUGCAUCGUCGGGCCGUCCCUUUCCGGAAAGACCACCUUCCUGCAGGUCCUCCGCGGCCAACACUUGGCUUUCCCCCCCACGUCACGGGCUUUUCCGUACCUCAGCACUGAAGAGGUCCCGUCGCAUCUGCGGACCCCGGCGCGUGCGGUCCAGUACGUCGGUUUUGACUCACAGGGCAGCGGCAGCGGCCUCGGCCCAGCUGCUCCGACCUACUUGGCCGCGCGGUACGAGUCGCGGCGGGAGAUCACCGACUUCUCCCUGCGGGACUUCCUCCUGGGCAACACGCAGCUGAACCCGUCUAAGCUCCCCGACGACAAAGGCGUCGACGAGAAGCUGUUCCAGCGCGUGGUGGCCGACCUUCGGCUGGAGAGCCUCCUGGAUCUGCCCGUGACCUUCCUCUCUAACGGCCAAGGGCGGCGAGCGCGCAUUGCCCGGGCGCUGCUGACGAGCCCGGAGGUCCUGUUGCUCGACGAGCCCUUUAUGGGCUUGGACCCGCCGACCGUCUCCGGUCUGAGUCCGCUCCUCCAGUCGCUUGCCGAGAAGGCGAAUCCGCGGCUGGUGCUGAGCGCCCGGCCACAGGAUCCCCUGCCGGACUGGAUCACGCACCUGGUCUACCUCAGGACGGAUGCCCAGGUCGCGGCCAUGGGCACCAAGGAGACGGUCCUGGAAGGGCUGAGGAAGUAUGUGCGGGGCGUCCGAAACGGAAAAUUGGCCGAGGAUGAGUCGCUGCCGGUGCAUGCUCUUAGUGAGAUGGGCAGGACGCUCACAAAGGAUGGAGUCACGGGGGAGGGAAUGGCCGAGGACUUCUCAAUCGGCGUUCCCGCUCGAGGGGGUGCCACGGAUUCAGAGACUAAGAGUCUCGGUGAGCCCCUCGUCGAGAUGGCCGGCUGCAGAGUCCAAUACGGCGGGAAGGUUGUCCUGGGGAAUUGGACCGAGGAGAGAGACGGCGAGACCGUCAGCGGUCUUCACUGGACGGUUCGGAGAGGCGAACGGUGGGGCGUCUUUGGCCCGAAUGGGUCUGGCAAGACCACCAUCGUUUCCCUCCUCUGCUCUGACCAUCCCCAGACCUACUGCCUCCCCAUCAGGUUGUUUGGCCGCAGCCGGCUGCCCGAGCCGGGUUCCGGCGAGCGGCCUCUCACCUUCUGGGACGUCCAGUCCCGCGUAGGCCAUUCGAGUCCCGAGAUCCACCAGCACAUGCCGCGCAAUCUGACCAUUCGACAAGUGCUCGAGAGCGCGUGGGCCGAUACGUUCCGCAGCAAGCCGAAGCUUGACGCGGCUGCCACGGAACAAGUCAAGGCCACGCUCAGAUGGUUCGAACAGGAGCUCAAUCCUGCCGUCUUCCACAAACAGGCACGGCCGACCUUGUCCGACGGUAGUGCAGAUGGGUCGGUUGGGUGGGCCAACGAUUACAUGUUUGGCGAACUGUCCUUCAGUGCCCAGCGCGUCCUGCUCUUUCUCCGUGCCAUCAUUAAGCACCCUGACGUUGUGGUGCUCGAUGAGGCGUUUGGCGGCAUGGAUGAUGCCGUCCGAGACAAGUGCAUGCUUUUCCUGACUUAUGGAGAAGAGAAGAUGUACUCACUUGGCCCCAAGCAGGGCAAUGGAUCGCUGACGGGCGCCACCAUAGUGGAUAGCCCGGCCUCCAGGUCGGGCAGCGUGAAGGUAACCGGUCUCUCGGAUCAGCAGGCGCUCAUUUGUAUCAGCCACGUCAAGGAGGAGGUGCCUGACUGCGUGAGGGAGUGGCUAUGCCUGCCGGAAGCCAACACCGGCCUGCCGGCGAGGUUCGGGCGGCUGGAUGGCCCCUUAAGGAACAGCUCGAAGCGCUGGGCCGAGAUCUGGGGCGUCGGACAGGGAGCUUCAGCACCGCCGGUAUAGCCAUAGCUUCUCACCUGCUACUGUGGACGUACUGUACUCUAGGUGCUAUACACAAACAUAUAACCAAACCAUGCGGCCUUUUCUCGAUAAAUCAGUGG